GCGUGAUGCAAAUGGAGGUGUAUGAAAAAAACAACUCGUCGAAAACCACAGAAAAUCACUUCAAAUUCGCCACCUUCAUCUUGAACAUAAACAUGAGGAAGGGCGUAGAGGAAUGAUUUGUCAGGAAGGGAGACCAACAAAGUGGAUAGAAUAAGGUUAAAAAGCAGAAUGUCUGGGGUUAUUCACAAUUCAAUGGAAGCAAGCCGCUCAAGAUCUUUCGAAACGAUCAACUCGAAGGCACGCAUGGAAACAACCUUUGGCUCUUCUGCAUACGCACCUGUCACGACCAUUAAAAGAGUUGAGGCAGAUCAUUAUAUCUAUGACACAACGCUAGAAAGGAAUUCUGCGAGUUUGACUUGCGUAUCUGCUACUAGUGCAGACCGUGAUGUUGACAGCGGCACUGCAUGCUCAGAAAAGGGAAACUUUGAUAUCUCAUCACUAAAAAAACACCAUCGCACAUCCUCUACAAUCUCAGCAAGGUCUCUCCACUCAAUUUCAACUACAGCUGAUGAAGAGGAAGAGGAAAUAAUCCUCUUUGUAGACAAACCUUCCCCAAAGCUGUUCUGCCCUUUGUGCCGGCGCGUGUUCAAGGACCCUGUCAUCACUUCAUGUGGGCACACAUUUUGUCAAGCAUGUAUCAUGGCGCGUGGUGUGGAGAAGUGCCCACUUGAUGACAACAAAUUAUCCAUAGUCGUGGCAAACCUUGCGGUGGCUGAACAGAUUGGUGAGCUGUACAUCCAUUGUAAAUAUGGCUGCCGCAUCCGUGCUAAUGGAGGGGGCGUGGUCGAGCACGAGGUAGACUCCUCAGGGUGCCCAAUGAAAACAAAGAUAAUUAAUAGAAGAGAGCACGAGAAGAAUUGUCAGUAUGCGCCAACGCAAUGCCCAAAUAGCCUCCAAUGUCCUGCCCUCCUCAAAAUGGACCUUCCAGAGCACCUCAAAACAUGUGAACAUAGCCGAUGUCCCCACCAGGCUUAUGGAUGUCAAUUCGAGGGAAAUAACGAACAAGUGCGUUCACAUCUGGAGACAUGCAAAUUCGAGGCAGUAAAGGAAUUCCUAAAACACACGGAUAGCAAAGUUGGAGAGCUACAUUCGGCCCUCCGGGAAAAAGACCAAGAAAUCUCAUACCUGAAGAACAUGAUAGUGAAGCUCACAGAACGCGUGGAUCGUAUGGAAAAGACAGUUGACAUUCGGAUCGACCUACUGGACGAGAGCCAGACGAAACUCUCGUCGGACCUGCUGGACUCCAGGGAAAUAGUCACGACGCUACAGAAUGAUUUAUCAACUGUCGAGUCUCGUUUAUGGGGCGUCGGGACGUUUGACAUCCAGCCUUUGUUCAAGUGUAAAGGGACCUUUGUGGGGCAUACGGGUCCUGUCUGGGCCUUGUGUGUGCACGGAGAACUUCUGUUCAGUGGCUCUUCAGAUAAGACCAUUAAGGUUUGGGACACGUUAACGACAUACAAGUGUGUGAAGACGCUCGAAGGGCAUACUGGGAUAGUUCUUGCACUUUGCACACAUGACAAAAAGCUCUUCAGUGGAUCGGCAGAUUGUGUUAUAAAUAUAUGGAGCAUUGAGACGUUAGAGUUACUUGACUCCAUCCACGGCCACGAGAACCCCGUCUGCACUCUGGUGACCAAGAGGAAUAUCCUGUUUAGUGGUUCGCUCAAGAAAAUUAAGGUGUGGAACCUGGACACACUGGAGCUUGUGAGAGAGAUGACUGGACUGAAUCACUGGGUCCGAGCCCUUGUAGCUUGUGACAGCUACCUCUACAGUGGCUCUUACCAAACAAUCAAGCUCUGGGAUCUUGACACACUGGAAUGCGUACGAGUCCUGCAAACUUCAGGAGGCAGUGUAUACUCCCUAGCAGUCACUAAGGAGUAUAUCAUAUGCGGUACCUACGAGAACUGCAUCCAGGUCUGGGAUGUCAACACUCACAAACUCAUAGAAACACUAAACGGUCAUGUGGGUACAGUGUAUGCUUUAGUCGUGCUGAGUGCUCCAGGGCAGACGAGGCUAUUCAGCGCGUCCUAUGACAGAUCCCUACGGGUGUGGAACCUAGAGACGUUCACCUGUCUGCAGACCUUGCUCCGUCACCAGGGCAGUGUCUCCACCCUCGCUCUAUCCAAGGGUCGAAUUUUCUCAGGGGCAGUCGACAGUACAGUUAAAGUCUGGCAAUAAAUACCGAUUUCUGGAACGUAUUCCUCGCGUUCAAUAAAGACAUGGCUGAUGGAUUUCAGACUCCGACUAUCGUCGAUAUUCCACUUUUGGAGAAAAUUCCCUUCGCUUCUAAAUGCGUAUGACAAUAAAAGACAUGAAAGUCUUCCAAGCUAUUAAGCGAAGCUGGAUCAAGAAAUCCUCUGUUAUAGAAGCUGAAUAAUCAGGGAUUGCUACCAGGGAUUGCUCUGUUAUAGAAGCUGAAUAAUCAGGGAUUGCUCUGUUAUAGAGGCUGGAUCAAGGAUUGCUUUAUCGAAGGGAAGCAUAGCAAAUCCUCUGUUUAUAUUAUCUAUGAAAAGAAGCUGUAUCAAGAAUUGCUUAUUAAGGGAAGCUCAGCAAUUUAUAUAAUCCAUCCUUUUAUAGGAGGCACGUGAUUGUCGUUUAAGAUUUAUUGAAUUGUUUUUUGGUAUUCAACCCUUACCGGCUGAGAA